AAUGACAUUUAUAUACCUAACCCUAUAUUAUUAAGUAUUAAUAAAAGAAGUAAACUUACAGUUUGGCAUAGACAGAAAAAGUUGGAUUACAACAUUCAUUUUAUAAUGAAAUGGCAGUUAUAGAGGAAACUUUCGAACAAUUUGAAGAAGAUGAUGCUGCGGAAACCGCAUUGGCACUUUGCAGUGCUGGACGAAAGCGUCUGUUUAGUAAAGAACUUCGUUGUAUGAUGUAUGGCUUUGGAGAUGAUCAAAAUCCAUAUACAGAAAGUGUAGAUAUUAUCGAAGAUUUGGUUAUAGAAUUUAUUACAGAAAUGACCUAUAAGGCCAUGGAAAUAGGUCGAACGGGUAGAGUACAGGUAGAGGAUAUAGUAUUUUUAGUGCGGAAAGAUCCUCGGAAGUAUGCGAGGGUGAAAGACUUGCUUACAAUGAAUGAAGAACUCAAAAGAGCUAGAAAAGCUUUUGAUGAGAUUAAGUUUGCAGGAAAAGACGCCAGCGUUAGUUAAGUUUUAAAUAUUCCAUCUAUUACUAUUACUCUUUAAAAUUAAUUAAUUUUUUAUCUGUACAACAUUUGUGUAAACAUUUUCUAAUAAAGUUUAACAUUUAAUCUA